AGGUACCUGCUGCGAACAGCAAAUAUCCAGCAAAAUAUUUAUCGAAAAUCUAUUUUCCUUUUUGUUAUUCGUAUAUAUGCCUCAAAUUAAGUCGUUUAACACAAAUGUAUACAUGCAAAUAGAUAUGUGACUAAUGGUGUAUUACUUUAAAAUGUAUCGAUGAUAAUGAACAACAGUAAUAUUUACUGACAAAUUUAGUCUGCACGUUAAAACGCAGCUUCAUCCUGGGUGUAUUUCUCUUGGAGAAGGAGUAACGCAGCUUUGUGUUGGGUCCAUUUCUAUUGGUUUAUGGUAAAACGAAUCAAAAAUAUUUUUUUUGUGCUAGAUCCUUGUUCUGUGGUUUCAACCUAUGGUUUCAUCGGCCAUGGACUGAUGGAGACGGAAGGAGAAGUGACGUGAGAAAGGAGCAGCUGCUGCAUCAAAAUAGGAACUAAUUUACAUUUGCUGAAGAUGUUUUCGUGAUGUGAUGGAAUGUUAGCUGUAAUUUCACCAAGACAAUCAUUUUGAUGCACUCAGCUGUUUACGGUUAAUUUUGCACGUUUGCACUCGAAUGCUGCAAAGACUGGGGGCGUUAAUUAAGCAUGUUUGUACUUUGCAGUUCCCUUGAUUUAAUAAAUUAAGAUAUAAAACAAAUGACUGGAUAGCUGUAAACUAUCGGUCGAUCUAUGGGCUGAACAUUACCUUAUAUAGACCUGGUUUCUGGCUGCGAGAGGUUCCUGGCUUGUCCUGGUCUUAAAUGUAAACGAAGGACACAAGUACCAACUUCGUGACGAUAUCUCCUGCCACCGCACCCUGGCGCACGCUCAAGUAGCAAAAAAAAGGAAUGAGAGAGCGAAAUAAGCUUUGCAAUUAGAUGCCAAAAUGUCAUCCUCGGAGCAAAUCAUUGCCAUCACUGUUGAUGACAAAACGUACAAUGUGAGCAAAAGCAAGCUCAUAGAAAAGAGCGACUACUUCCGCGCUUUGUACAGCUCCGGAAUGCGGGAAUCGGGAGAGGAUUCGGUGCAGCUGCAGGGACUUAGUGUCCCGGGGUUGGAGCUGGUGCUGGAGUUCAUCAAUACCUCGAAGGUGCAGGUCGCUAACGAGACUUUGGAAGACUUAAUUGAAACGGCCUCCUUUCUACAAGUAACUUCGAUUUUGAAGCUGCUUCUGUCGGAAAUAAGGUUGGACAAUUGCGUAGAGCUGUAUAACCUAUCGGAGAUAUACGGGACGCACGAUUUAAGGAAUGCCUGUCUCAAGUUCAUGAGCUGUCACUACCAUCCCAUGUUGCGGAGACCCGAGUUCCGCAACCUGCCAGCCGCUUUGCGCUAUCAGGUGAGGGAGAUGCGCAUGAAAGGCACCGCGACCCUAGUCGCGAUCGGAGACUUCAUAGGCACCUGCUUGGACUUGGCAGAACAGGACGAGCCGUGGUCCAUGCUCCGCUACGGAGAGUUGGAACAGCGCUGGAAACCGUUGGCCAACAACCUGCCAUCAGACAUGGUCAACGUGAGGGGAUAUGGGUCUGCAGUCCUGGACAACUAUCUGUUCAUAGUUGGAGGCUAUAGAGUGACGAGCCAGGAAAUUUCGGCGGCCCACUGUUAUAACCCUUGCAGGAAUGAAUGGAAUCAGGUUGCGCCACUGAACCAGAAAAGGUCCAAUUUCAAGCUGCUAGCAGUCAACGGGAAGCUGUAUGCCGUGGGGGGGCAGACUUUGGGGACUGUGGAGUGCUACAGUCCCGAACAGGACUGGUGGACCUGCGUUUCCUCCCUGCCUAAUCCUCUGGCGGAGUUCUCGGCCUGCGAGUGUCAGGGAAGAAUCUAUGUCAUGGGUGGCUACACAGCCAGAGAUAGGAACACAAACGUGCUGCGGUACUGCCCCGUCUCUGACACGUGGACCGUGUUCCGCUCCUGCCCUGCCCACGUACGCAAGCAGCAGAUGCUCUCCGUGGAAGAUAUCAUUUAUCUGGUAGGGGGGUAUACCCACGAGCUGGGGCCAGACCGACGGCGGGUCAGCCAGACAGAGGACAUGCUGACUGUGCAGUCCUACAAUGUGACCACGGGUGAGUGGCUCUGCUUGAAGGAAAACACCUCCAAGUCUGGCCUGAACCUCACAUGCACGCUUCACAACGACGGCAUCUACAUCAUGAGCCGCGACGUGGGCCUGCCCACCAGUCUAGAGCACAGGGUCUUCCUUAAGUACAAUAUCUUCUCCGACGCCUGGGAAGCCUUCCGCCGCUUCCCGGCCCUGGGUCAGAACAUGCUCCUCUGCUCACUCUACCUGCCCAACGUUCUGUGAGUCUGGCUCGGCCAUUGAUUAAACAGGGCCCCCCCCCUGGGUUGAGGUCAGUGUUUUUUGUCAUGGUUUAAGCUUCACCGAAAGCCGGUCGUCAUACAGUGAACCCCAAGGUCUCGGUACUAGGCAGCCUGUUAGAUCUUGGUAGUCGUGCUGUAGGUCAAUGCUCUGCUACGCAAUGGAGGAACGUUCAAGGACCUUGGUCCUUCAGUUCCAUUUAGAUGCAAGGUGGGUGGGGACACACAAUCUUACUGUACGUGUACCUAAAGAAACCACUGCGAUCCUCUUUCCUGCUGUGAGGGUGCCGUCCUCUCAGAAGACAGUCAUCUUGUCCAGAAGCUCUGUCUGGCCACAAAGUGCGGUUUUGUGAGCUUAAGGUUCAGAUGUGAUAGGGGCAGCCCGCGAUCUUGUUCUCUUACACAGCUCCAAGCUGUGUAACGGGCUGCCAGAAAGGAUGGCCACUGCCCCCCCCGGCGGCCCCCUAAUGACAUCCCGUGCCGUUUCACCCGGUUAUGUUCGUUACACAUAUGUCUGGCACCUCAUCGAUAUUCCAUUGGCGUUUACAUUCUGCCCACUACCAAUAUACUUUAGAAACAUGCAUUGCAGUAUUAUCAUGCAGGCAGUUUAAACCAGACUCUAAAGAGCAUAACAUAACCAGUAUGAUUAUUAAUAGUUAUGAUGGCACUAUACUAAGAUACACUGAAAAUAAUCUUCUAGCAUAUAAGAAGAAAUGUCGCUUGAAAACACAUUUGCUAUACUCUGCAUGUGAGGAUAGCCUGAACAUUCCUUAGAUUUCCACUACAAAAGUUUCAGUUGUUAGGUCACUACCAUUCCACACUUGAAGGAAAAAAAACCUCAACAUUAAUGUAAAAUGUAUGCAUAUGUUUGUUUUGAGAAGACUUUGGUUUUUAUUUUCAUUAUGUAAUUUCACAGAAAGGACUUUUGCACAGUGUUUAAUCCACAGCGGAAAACGCUUCCAGCGUUUAAGACAGUGUUUAAGGCCCAGUCAAAGGAAGCUUGAAUUGUCAUUAGAUAUGAUGUAAUUUACUGUACAUUAGCAUUGUUUACUAACAAAUAAUUCUUAUGGCUUUCGUGAAUUCCAUCUCUUUGUAAACUAAAUUUGUGCUGUCGGUCCCUGUUAUUCUUGUCCUCUUUUUUUAAUUGAAGAUGGCACGUUACAGAAGAACCAGAUGAAUACGAAAAAAAAAAUCUAAAUGUUCACUAAGACCCUGUACCGCAUAAAUGGUUUGGAAGAUUGAUGUAUAUGUAAAUGUAUCUAAAUGUUCGUUUUACUAUUAUUAUUUUUAAAUCCCUCAAAGAUCGACCCAAAAUUACUUAGACUUGUUUAAGUUACCAUGAGAAUUCUUUAAAAUAAUGUUUUGCUUAUGAUAAAAUAUACUAAAUUUGAUACAUGUAGCAAAGUACAACGGCUCUUUAAACCACUGAUAGAUGAUGUUUGUUAUAAAUUAAAGCUAAUUGCACAAAAUGCACAAAAGUCAAUAGUAAAACAAGCUCUAUUUUGUUACUAGCUAUUGACCAAAACUACUGUUUUGCUGUAGAAAAGUUGGUGGCAGGGUAUGAACAGAGGCCUUAUGAGGACAUGCUGAAAUGUAAACAUUUUAAAAUGUUAGUUCACUUAGAGUGGCAAAAAAUCUCUUGUGAUAUCUUUUUUUUUGGAUCAUUGAAAACUGAAGACAAAGCAUUUUGCUACACUGUUUUCCUUAAGAGAUUCUUCUUUUCAUUUCCUCCUAAUAAUUGCCAUUCCUAUCGAUGCCUUGGAAAUUAAAAAGAAAGUGAUUCAGGGA